UGCGAGCAAAUGAUCCUAUGUUCAGCCAACAUUCAUCGCCUGAUUCCAUCACCAGCAGCAAUACCAAGCACCAUGGUGCGGGAAAGGAAACUGAAGAAGGAAACCCAAUUUGGAAGGAUUCCUUUCGAUCUCUACGCCCUGGAGAAAUGGGACUAUGACGCCCCUAUCGAUUCUGAUGGCGACCAAUGGAAGACUUUGGUCAAGUCUUACUUGUCUUUGCCACGAAUCCAACGUCGUCCUUAUCACGAGAAGGCAAACUUGUUCAAGACACAGAAGAAUGAUGGCUCGCAACCAAACCUUGUUCGUGAAAAGAUUAAUCGAGUUCUCCGUCCAUUUCAGACCAACAAUGAAAGGAAUCUGAGUGAGCUUUGCAGCAGUAGCAACCCAGUCUGGGUGCGUCUCUGCUACGACAAAGCCCUCGAGUCCAGGUACAUUGAAAUGGUGCCGAGCUUCGACGCGCAUAUCAAUACGGACAUGAUGCGGAUUCUAGACGAUAAGGAAUUGUACGAUCUAGAUGAUGACCCGGAGAGACUACGAUUGAAACUACUUGAGCGGAUGCCUGGAUAUUGCGAUAAGGACAGAUCGGAUUAUCAAGCGAACCAAGGACGAAGCCAGAGACAGAAUCUUCAAGAUUUGGAGAGCCUGGGCGAUCGCAUGAGCUCUUACUUUUGCUUCGUGGAUAGAGAGGCGAUUGAGCAAGACCUCUACAAGAUUAUGUGGCUGGACAGCUAUGAAAACUGUCUCCUCAUUACAAAGAUCACCCCCGACGAACUUGAGGACAUGACAGUCAUGUUUGGUGAAGGAUUCUCCAUGGAGGAGGCUGUAGAGUCUUACGGCCUCCAUGACUCAGACAAUGAGGGCGGCGAAAGUGCUGCCGACUCGGACAGCGAGGGUGGCGAUGAGGGUAAAGAGGAACAUGAGGGAUCGGGACCCGCGGAGCCGAAGCGAAAGUGCAUGUCCGCCGUCGACGCCGCGGUGGAGGCCAGCCGGAAGCGAGGCAGAAUCAACAAGACAAGUCCAGAAUACAAGGCGGGCUACAAGGCCGGGUGUGACGCCGGGGCUGCGUCCAUGAUAGCGGCAGCCCAAGACAUAGCCUACGAUACGGGCUAUGCCGAUGGCAAGAAUGGGAGGCCCCACAGGAAGUAUGGUCCUAAUUUCAUGUAAUGAGACUCAAGGCUCUGUCAUUCACAAGCUGCUGGCCGAAAAAAUUGCGACUUCCUGAUGUGUUUGGGAUAGGGCAAACCCCGAGUUUCAUAAGGCUCAGGAAAGAUUUGCUGUCAAGAAAUAUAAGAUCAAAGAUAAAAAUACUCAAGACAAUGUAUGACUGUCCA